ACAAUCAACAUCUGGUGCCUUAUAUCUGAGACAUUACAGAGAGCUGGUGUGCGUUUGUGUGUGUGUGUGUGUGUGUGUGUGUGUGUGUGUUGAGGGGAGGGGGGUUCUGUCAGGGUGCUGACAAAGGGCUAAGAUAUGGCAGCUUGUGGAGAUCUGUUACUGACUAGACUCUUGAUGUGGCGAGGAGUGCGCCAGGUGGGAGAGGGGGCAACGCUCACCUUUGAAGCACACCUUUCCUGUGCUCACACUGAUGAAAUAUCCAAUUCAUAUGAUGAUCUGCUGUCUGUCAGCUGAAGGGGACCAGGGAACCCUAGACACUUCCAUUCAGCAAUGAUAAAAAGACUGAUACUGGCCCUACUUAUAGCCACAAGAAAACGCUCAUAUGACUUGAUCUAUAUAUAUGAAGAGAGAACAUUUUUACUUAAAACCAUAUUGUCGUGAAAAUGUUGUAUGCCGUUAAUGUAUCUGUAAUCUAUAUUGUAUGUCAUAAUCAAUAGCGAUGGAUUAAAAAAAACAUGCAAGCGAUUAUUAUGAUUACAUCAUAAGAAUACAAAGUUUUGCUUUUGCCACGUAAAUUCCAUUUGACUGAUAAGCGGUUUUGUGUAGUUGGCAGCCUUUCACUGACGGAAGUGGAGAAAAACUGUCCUGAGUAAAAAUUCCAAAUUGGUUGAAUCAUAUUUGCUGGAAGUACACAUUGGACAGAUUUGCAGGAAGAACACAUUAAAUAUACGUCGACUAUCAUCUAAUGUUAAACGUUAAUUGAUUUUAGAAUGGAGUUCAGUUUAUUAUGAAACUUUCGAUUUAGAGUCAAUUCAUAGGUUUUAAGUAGCCUAAUAAUCGGACGAUUAUUCUAUAGCCUCUAUACUUGGUAAGACUUACUAUAACACAAUUUAAAUGGUGCUGCUGUUUGCAGUUUCUGUAUCUUUGUAAUAUUGGCUGCCCUGAAGAAUUCGCCAAACGUGCAGUUGAGAACAUGGGUGAACAAAGCUGCAAAGUGAUACGGUACUGGUUAACUUGAUAGCGUGGAUUAUUCUGCAGCAACAGAUCCUCCAAAGCCGGUCCGCCAAACCGGAAUACCUAUGAAAAGACUUUAAGGGGAAAUUCAAUAGCGAAUGCAAAACAUUCAGUUUCGGGCAUCACCUGGUACGAAAGCAUCCAGGAUAAGUAAAAGUCGGACGCUGCACUGUUUAGAAUUCUGUACGCAUUACGCGCGGUGGUGUUGAAUGGUUGAAGGGAGGGGGUGGGUACGCGCAGACUUUCCGAUGUUACUUCAGACUCAUGCACUCGACUCGGUUGGCGAGCAUCAGCCGGUAGUGGAGUCACAUGUUGCAACGUCACGCCGGAGUUAGUUAGCCUACUGUAGUUGCGCGCUAUGAAGUCGUCAUUUCAGGCUCAAGAGGUCUCCGGUCGCGCAACGUCUUGUGUGCUAGCAUGCAACCCUUCAGCCUAAACCCAUCUCCAAAGGAUACGCUCAGUCAUGGGAGUCCGUUACCUCAACCAUGCAAUUUCCACCAUCAAUAAUUUAAUCUAUUUGCUCCAAAGCUGAAGAGACAACUUGAAGCUGCCAGAGAAAACGGAAGGGAAAUACAACGAAAUAAUCCUAACAAUUACGCAGAGCGUUCUCCAAAACAUCCCAGAUGACUCUGUCCUGUUGAGUGGUCUCCUUUACGACUGGACAGUAAAAGUUCCAACAGGUUAGAAGAGUGAUGACCAUCCUGUUCCUUACUAUGGUUAUUUCAUACUUCAGUUGCUUAAGAGCCGCGCCCUUGAGAGAAGGCCCAGGUGUACGAGGACACCGAGUGGAGGGCUACCUGGGCGCCGCGGCGACUGCUGGCCGGGGCCACGGGACUCCACAGAGUGGGGGGGGGCUGCCCUCGCUCACAGACACGUUUGAGCAGGUGAUCGAGGAGCUGCUGGAGGGCGAGGGGGGCGACACCCAGGGGGGCAGCGAAGGGUCCCAGGGAGGGGGGGGUCCCGGCCCAGCAGGCUCGGCGGCGGUGGCGGCGGCUGUGGCGGCGGAGGCCAAAGACGUCGACCUGUACGCCUCACGCGUCAUGCUCAGCAACCAAGUGCCUUUGGAGCCCCCUCUGCUCUUCCUGCUGGAGGAAUACAAAAACUACCUGGACGCUGCGAACAUGUCCAUGCGCGUCAGGAGGCACUCGGACCCCGCCCGGCGCGGAGAGCUGAGUGUCUGUGACAGUAUUAGCCAGUGGGUGACGGCAGUGGACAAAAAGACGGCCAUAGACAUGUCUGGGCAGACCGUCACCGUCAUGGAGAAGGUCCCCGUGCCCAAUGGUCAACUGAAGCAAUAUUUUUACGAGACCAAAUGCAACCCGCAGGGAUACACAAAGGACGGCUGUCGGGGAAUAGACAAGCGGCACUAUAACUCACAAUGCCGGACAACCCAGUCGUACGUGCGUGCACUCACCAUGGAUAGCAAAAGGAAGAUUGGUUGGCGGUUUAUACGGAUAGACACCUCCUGUGUUUGCACAUUGACCAUUAAGAGAGGAAGAUAGUGUAUACAAUGUAUAGAUUUUAUUGAGAGUUCUAAAAAAGAGAGAAAAAAUAUCUAUUUGUAUAUAUACAUAACAGGGUAAAUUAUUCCGUCAGAUGAAAAUUUUAUGGACUGCAUGUAAAAAAGAUGAAGUUUAUACAGUAAAGUGAUACUACAGUCUAUUUAUUGAACAUAUUCAUGACCUUGUAAACAAUUAAAAAAAGAUCUGAUCAGUCAUUCGCGCCCAGUUUAAAUUACUAUAUCACAUUCCUCAAGACAUUGUGUUCUUUUUUAUGUUGCCAAGAAUUCGGUUCAGUCAGAAGAUACAGGAAGGGGAAGACUCCCAUAUUUAAAAAAAAAAAAAAAAAAAAAAAGAGAGAGAAAAACUUGCAUGCUGCUUCUAUUGUGAAUUGAGAAACUGUCCACUUUGGGAAAGAAGUAAAUGAUACUGACCAAAACAUUCCGUUUACAUUUUCAGCAGUUCAAGGGUCGUCCUCCUCUAAGUACACUACUUAUUUGUUUACUAUUCCAAUCUUCUCAAGGUUAAUGUUGAAAUUACAUACUAUGUCAAGGUGCUGUUGUCAAAGCUUUGCUGUUUUAUUUUUUUAUCCCCACAAGAUGAAAGAAAAAAUAUAUAAAAAAAUAUAUAAAAUUUAUUCAUUGACAUAUGUUCUGGAUUAAUAUAAUUCAUUUUGUAUGUUGUGAAGUUGUUUGCAAUAUUAAAUUGAAAUAUUUGAAGAAAUAAAAAUGACUAUAGGCAACUGAAAAACAAAA